AUGAGAAAUACGCAGCCAAAGUCAUCUCCAAAGGACGGUGUUGAGGUACCGCAGCCGAGCGAACUACCAUCCGGUUGGACUUAUAGUUCAGAUCAACUGACAACAACAGAGAUCGCGAGAGCGGACGAGGUCCUAAUGCGCCAGAUAAACGACGAGCAAAUGAGCUCUGCCAGUCGAACCGCUCUAACAGAUGAAAUGCAGCCUUCAAAGCUCCAGCGCAUCGCUACCGACUUCAGUGAUCGUAUCGGUGGUGCUCGUGGAUCAUUCAGGUCUUCAAAAACUGGCAUCCAGUCUUUCGUUUCGUCAGUGGGCAAGUCUGUUACCAUCCUGUUGAAAAACUUCAGACACAGAAGUGAGGGCGCCAAUUUAGGCAAUAAGACUACACUCACCCGCCUUGAAAAUAAAGUUCAUGAGCGAAUGAAGAAUAUGCUUAAGACAGAUCUACAGGUCGAGUUUGCUAACUGGGCUGAAGAUCGGAAAGUGCCAGCGGCCGAAUGGAAUGAGCAAUACGAAAUAAAGCUCGUGACUGCAAAAUUCAACCAACGCUGUACAGCACUGUAUGACGAGCAUAUGGAUCGUCUCUUGAGGCGUAUCAGGAAUCUCUUGGAGACACAGCAUCACAUCAAGAGAUACAAGAGUGUCGUAUUUAACUGCAACCAACCUAAGGCGUUCCUUCAAGAAGUUAUGCACGACAAUAAGGGCGCCAGUGUGUGGUUGAAGAAUCGCAAAGAUAAAACAGAAGAAGAUGAAUAUACCAAAGCGCACAAAGGCAGAUUCGCACCAAAUUACACACCGCUUGAAACCCACAAACUCGAAAACGGUCAAGAGCUCGAAUAUGCUCCUAUCUUGGCUGACUUGGAAACAAGAGGUGUUCUCACUAAGUCUAUGAUUAGCAAAUUAGAAGCCUUCCAAUAUAAACUCGAAUUCUAUCGCGACGACGCCUUCACUAAGCCAGACUUCCAGUUUCCACACGCAGUGAUUUGA